AUGUCCAACAUCUCGUCCCUCAUCACCCACUUAAUCACCCCUCCUCCAAGACCUAUUGACCCCGACCCGCCCCUCGUACUUGGCCCGCUCGCGUUCCAGACGCCAAGCCCCGAGACGUCUCCCGAGAGCAGCGUCGCCUCGGACGACAGCCUCGGCUACGAAGACGCCGCGUCCGUCGCGGACCCGGAAGUCUCCUUCGACGCCUACUGGGCCGCGCGCCACGCGCAGGCCCUCACAAUUGCUACGACCAUCCUCGAAGUCCGCGAGCGCAACCGCUCGGCGCACAGCACGCGCGACGGCUUCUGGGCGGCCAUCGCCAAGGCGUGGGACACGCUCCGCAGCGACGCGUACACCCAUCUCGUCACGGGGAUCCGCGACGGCACCCUCGACUUUGCCGCCCUCCCUCUUUUCGUCGAAGUCGUCACCCUCGACAUGCACUACAUGCUCGACAUCCUUGCCGCGUACCUCUCGUCGUGCACCGCCGAAGAUAUCAGUCGCUGGAACGAUAUCGCGCACGGCAUGUACUACCGCCUCGACAUUGCGCCUGUGCGCGCCGCGCUCGCCCCCACCAGCUCCGAAGAUGAGUGGUCGCUCACCCGCGCCUGGAUUAUCGCCGCCGGCCUCGACGUCUACCUCGCUGUCGCUGCCUGUCCGGGCAUGUUCACCGCGCUCCGCGGAGUGAGCUGUCGUGACAUUAUCCAUCUGGCCCCGAUGCUGUCGAUGCACAUUUACGGCCAGCCCCUUGAGCUCUUCACCGAGUGCGGACACUCUAAUUUGGGGCAUCGGGCGCAGCCUCACAUUCGGGGACCACCCAAUCCCCGCGCCACCGCCAAGCGCUCAACACACGCCGUACACGGCCCAUUCCGCAACAUCGCCACGCGCCGCGCCGUGUUCGGACGCGUCUGA